AUGAGAUGUGAUUCUGCAGCUUCCGCACCCCAUCCAGAUAACAAUAAUAUUACAAAAAACUUUCUCAAUCAAGAAUUGCUUACAUCAAACUCUAUUCCUAUUGUUUUUCACGAAAAAGACGAUUGUGUCAACUAUCGUGUAAAUAGUGAUAAAAAUCCUGAAAAUUUCAGUCGAAGAGUUUCAAAUUGGUUGCAGUCUGAUCCAAAUAAGAAAGGUGAUAAUCCCUCGUCAUCGGUUACCAAGGUCAAUUAUACUGAAUUAACUAAUAGUAAUUGUAAAAGAACUGACACCCGUAUAUAUGUUGAUCCCAGUCAUUCAAUAAACCAGCUUAAUGUGAACCAGAAAUUAGCUGUUUCAGAAUCUAUUCAAGAUAUACAUUUAGUUAGUGUGAAAAAGAUGAACGCGAACUUUCUUAAUAGUGGAUGUGCAGGCGAUACCGAUCAAAGUAUUUACUUAUCUUCUUUAGUAAAUAAAUAUUUGGGUAACAAAGCUGUUGGUAGUGGAACAGUGGAUACAGAUAGUUCUGCCGUAGUCGACUACAGCUUAGCGACACUGGAUUAUAUGAAGCGACAUGGUAUAAUUGAAUGUUAUGGAGAUAACAAAUGUACACAAAGUACCGCGACAGUAGUAAGUAGCACUCCGACCGCUAACCACAAAAAUGCAUUACAUAACUAUACUCGCUUUAACGAUCAAAGGGAUGAUUCCAUACGUACCCCAUCGAGUGGCCCAUCAUCUUCCAUUCCGUUUGUGUCUAUUGAUCCAAAAUCACCCGAUAUACACGGAGACCUAACAAGUGGAGAGUCGCUCCCAAAUAUAAUGAAUGAGUUGAGUCUAGAUAAAUUACAAAUGACACAACAUGCUGAAAUAUGCAACCUUGACACUAAGUAUCUGUCUACCUUGUCUGAUUGUCCUUCAGAAAAAGAUACUUCAAUACGACCAAUUUUAACAGUAUCGGGAUACUCACACAUUUUUGAUGAGCCCAACGUUAUAAACAGUCCAAUUCUCGACUUAGAACGAUUACGAUCGCUUCCCAAACUCCUGUGA